AUGAUGCAAGUUCCUUCUGGAAUGCAGCUCAUUCAGAUUCCAACUCAAGGUGGCGGCACUGUUACUGUCCCUUAUUCUUUGAAUGCUAACGGUGAGAUUGCGUUCAGUGGAAUGCAGCUCAGCCAACAAGGCUUCAGUGGUGCUCAAGUGCGCCAAGGAUUCGAUGCAAUUCAAGCUCAAACUCCGCAAGCUGUGAAAACUGGAUAUUUUGAUAUGUCAAAUGUUUUUCACGAUGCUAUCAAGGAAAAGGAUGAGAAUGGCAAUGAUGUCUAUCUUAUUCCAUGUCCUACUGGUACGACAAAUGUCAAACUUCAAGCCGACUGGCACUAUGCUAGUGAAGAUGAAGAUUUGCCUGAUCUUGCUACUGAAGCAAAUCAAGGUCUGCAGUUUAUUCAAAGCCGCAGAAAGGAAAGAGAUCCAUUUGGGUUGUACGAUCAUGUCAUCAUGGACAGUGGUUGUACAAACACCACCAUUUGUAAUGGUGAGCUCAUGCAUGGACUCCGUCAUGCUGAGAAAGAACUUGACAUGCACACUAAAGUGGGCAGCAGAGUUCUCGACAAAGAAGGUUUUCUAGGGAGAUUUCCACCUCCAGUUUAUCACGAUGAAGAUGGAAUUGCCAAUGUACUUGCUAUGCGCGAGAUGAUUGCUGCGGGAUACCAUAUUAUUAUGGAUACUGAUGCUGACAAUGCUUUUAUUGUGCAUUGUGAUGGAAACAGAAAGAUGCGAUUUGUGAAUUGUAAGGGUGUAUAUGUGUUGGAGCAACUUGGAGCGAAAGUCAAACCAGGUGCCAAAGAGACAAGUGGGAUGUACCGUCGCCAGUUAAGCAACUUAAAUAAUCAACCCCAUUCAAACAAACAGAAUGGAUAUGCUGGACUCGAGAUGACCUCCAAGAUGGCAACCGCUCGAAAGAACAAGGAAGGAUUCACUCCAAGACAAGUCAGGGCUGCGAUGGAAGCGAGAAGUGCAAUGCACAUACUCAAUGCUCCAAGCACCAAAAGUCUGAAGUAUGUGAUCCGAUCUGGUCUCAUCAAAAACUGUCCUAUCACCAAAGAAGCGAUCAAUCAUGCCAAAGCAAUCUUUGGACCUGACGCCUCUACAUUGAAAAGCAAGUCAACAAGACCAACUCCGAAGAAGACGUACGAUGACUUCUUCAGUCCACCAGAGAAAUUAUAUCAGCACAAUCGAUCUAUUACCGUCUGUAUUCAUCACAUGGAGAUCAAGAAUGCUAAGUUUCUCACCUGCAUUGAUACCACUCAUUGGAUAAGUAAGAUAUUCCGCCGCUACAACAAGGCAGGCUUUCAAGUCAAGAUCAUCAAGUGUGAUUGGGCGUUCAUUCCUCUCACAGAUGAUAUGCUAGACGAUAUGGGUGUUACUAUUGACCCGACUGCAGCUGGAGACCACGAGCCUACCGCUGAGCGAAACAAUAGGACGCUGAAAGAAAGAGUCAGAGUAGUUCUUGCACGAUUACCCUACAAAGUGGUCCCAAAAGUGAUCACUGAAUGUCUUGGACGUCGAGCCGCCGAGCUAUUGAAUGUCUUUCCCCAGAAAGACAGUAUCUCAUCACAUUUCAGUCCGCAGCAACUCAUUGAUAUUGUCAAUAUCAACUACAAGAGUGACAUGGUUGCUGAACUUGGACAAAAUGUUCAUGCAAUUGGGACAGAUUCCAACAAUUAG